AUUUCAAGAAGAGCUUGUAAAUCUUGAGCUAGCUAUUCACAUUAUUACUCAUACAAUUUCAAUAAUAAACAACAGAAAUUAAAAUCGAAGGUAGGAAGAUUAAGAGAGUAGUAACUGAUAAGAAUUAAAGAGGAAAAGAGGUAAUAAUUGCGAUUUGCAGAGCUAUCUCUAAUUUUAGUAAUCGGAGCAAGAGUUUCAGACGCCGCAGCCUCUAUCUAUUGAUGUACAACUAAAGGAGUGCACUGUACAACCAUCUAAUGCUGAGUGAGGUUAUGACCAUCGUGUGACGAAACAACAAUGGGCGUAUCAUGCGGCAGCUCUCUCAGGGAUACGUGUAGCCGCGUAGCCGACCGAUGCUCCCGCCUCUUCCCCUGCUUUUCCGACCCCGGUUGUUGUUUAUUACUCUUUAUUCCCAGCUUACCCGACGAUCUGCUUUUUCUCUCAAAUUAGCUUUGGUGCUGCUGCAUAUACUGUUUGUCGGCGUAUUGUUUUUGUUCGACCGUGAUUUGAUUGAGAAGACCAAACACGAACCAUGGUACACUGCUACGUAUGUAUUAUUGUUUGUAGCUACUCUGGUUCAGUAUUUUGCGACUGCGGGAACAUCUCCUGGCUAUGUAAUUGAUGUUCAAAAGACUAUUGAUGAAAGGGAUGCUGCAGCUAGAAGGACAUUAUUAGCUUCAGACAUUCAGAAGGCCGUUGAUGAAAGAGAUGCUGCAGCUAGAAAGCCAUUAUUGCCCUCAAAACAACCAGCUUCAAGCAAAAAUGGCGAUGUUGCUAUCACUGUGGAUGGAAGGAACAAUCACAGAGGUAAUGCAACAGCUUCAAGCAAAAAUGGCGAUGUUGCUAUCACUGUGGAUGGAAGGAACAAUCACAGAGGAAAUGCAACAGCUUGGACUAAAUUAGUGAUGAGUUUGUAUCCGCAACGGUCAUCAACUACAAGUUUGACCUGCCCUUACUGCAACAUCCUUCAGCCUCCACGAGCUAAGCAUUGUCAUGAUUGUAACAAGUGCGUUCUUCAGUUUGAUCAUCACUGUGUUUGGCUUGGAACAUGCAUAGGCCAGGGAAAUCAUUGCCGUUUUUGGUGGUACAUAUGUGGAGAAACAGCAUUGACCCUCUGGACUUGCAUACUGUACAUUGGAUACCUCAAGUCUAACAUAUUGAAGGCAUGGUGGGCAGAUAUAAUAUUGAUUUUGCUAUUGGCUGCUCUCUCAAUUUGUCUAAUAUUCCUGAUGCUUCUGCUCCUUUUUCAUAGUUUCCUUAUCAUGACUAAUCAAACCACGUACGAGCUUGUGAGACGGCGACGGAUUGCAUAUUUAAGGGGGAUUCCUGAGAGAGUGUAUCCAUUCAACGAAGGAGUUUGCAGGAAUUUGUAUCUAUUCUGUUGUGCUAGAAGCAGCAGCAGCAGCAGCAUGUACAGAAUGGAAAGACUACCUACAGCUCAAGAACUUGAGGAGAAGUCCAGACCUUAUACUUGCUACGAUGUUCUAUCGUGUCGCUGCUGCUGAUGGAACUGCACCCGUCUUUGUAAUUUCGAUAUGUGUAAGAUGCAAACUGAGGCUGUGCGAUGCUGUAACACGUGUAGUUUCUCUGGCAAACAUUAUUUCCAUUUGGUUCUUUGAUGGAUUUAGAGUGGUGAAUGAGAAAUUUCCCAUAGUUUUACUGAUACUGAAAGCAAAGGAUCUUUUUAGUCCCCAUUCAAAUUGUAUUCCAAUGUUGUAAUGUACAACACAAGGCCGAAGAACAAUGCAAAGUCCAUGUGUAGUUUUGGGUACUGAAUGUGUAAAAUCGACGUUUUAUUUGGGCA